AUGCGUCUCCGCCACAACCCCCAUGUGGAGCUACGGUACGAAACACGUGCGAGAGCCCGCUGGCGUGCGGCCACUAUGUGUGUGUGCUGCUGUGUGGUGUGUUGUGGUGUGUGCGGAGGAGCGACGGAGAGCGCGUGCGCGUGUGAUGACGUACGCUUUGGAAUUGACUGCCUACUCGCGCGGCGUACCCUCGUGUGCGCCGCGCGUCGUGCGGACAACGUGCAUUGGUGUGCAUACCUCUACUGUUACUCAAACUACCUUCUGAGGCGCGCGCGCUGUCCGUCCACGCACACACGUACACACACUCCACCACCACCACCACGACCGCGCCAUUGUUGUUCUUGCCGCUGCCGACCUGAACCACCCUGCGGAGCUGCCGCCUCCCCCACCCCCUUCCCCGGCGUCACACGGAUGACCUUUCUAUUCGCAUCGCGACACGCUGACACCACAUCUGAGUGA